UCAAAAUUGUACUUUAUGCGAUUAAAGUUAAGUUUUAAAUUAGGAUGCUCAAGAAUAACCUAAGUUUUUGUUCCCACAGGCGAUCUGAAACAACUUCGACCAGUAAACGGCCAUCGCAAAGCGUAGUGCAAGUAGACGCUCAAGGAAGGAGGUUCCUAAUCGCUUACCCUUCGGAGAAACUCGAAACCAAACCUGACAUUCUCAACCCUAAAGCUGAUAACGAACCUCCCCGCGUCGUGCUGGAGUCCAGUGACAGUAAGACGUACAGCAUCAGGGAGGCGAGCAGCGAGCCCCACAAGUCCGCCUACAGCCCACCGCCGGCUGCUGAUGAAAUGAUGCCGGUGAGAUAGCAUACGGAGGAAGCUCAGUGCGAUCUGUAAAUAUUGUUCCAAAGACUAUAAUUGUAAAUUCCAAAGAAUGCCAACAAUUAAAUAUAUUUAAGAUAAUAUAGAAUUUAUAGAAAAACUCUUCCAUAUCAACUUAAUAUUUGUAAAUUUCUCGAGAUUUAAUCGUGAAGGCGUUUUUUAUUUGUGUGUUUUUAUUUUAAGCUGCAUCAGAUGGUUUAGCUUCGAUGUAAUUUAAAUUAAUUACAUUAUUGUCAUUUUUUCUCUAGCCUCAAACGAAGCUAAGCUUGUAUUAUGAGUACUAGAACAAAUAUACAAACAUUUUAUAGUUAAAUUACACCCAGAGACAGAACAAAUGAUAGUGCUUUGGGUUGAGCGGAGUGGAUUUUCAUACUUUUACUGACUAAAACCUACCCAAGCCUUCGUGUACCAAGGCCAUGGUAACCCUUUCGGACAAUCCCGCUGCCCUGGCAGGAGUCAGCCCUAAUGGGCUCCUCAGCUUGCUGUAGUCUCUUUCGUUCGGCACGGGAUGAUCCUUGUCGGGCGGUGAGCUACCCACCACUCAUCACAUAUCUACCCUGACAUAUCACACAAUAAAUAUAUGAUGUAAUCAAUUAUUUCCACAAAUGCAUAUCACAUUUUUGAAUAGCUUAAUAUGCACAAAACUCUUUGCAAUUCGUUAAAUGCAACAAUCAAUUCGUUUUAAAUGUUUCGCGAGUAACUCGUAAAUAUUAAAAUUGUUUGGCGAAAAACACGAAAAUAAAUCGUUUCAGAAAUUGAAAUUGAUUUCAGUAACCAUGGUGGCUAUGUAAAAUAUUUCAAUUUUGGUAUUACGACGAAUUUAAGUUGUUUACAAACGGGAGUUACGAUUGUUUCAACAAGUUUUAUUUUAUUGGACUGUUGUAUUUUGCUAUUCUGUUCAUUUUGCUGAGAGUUUACUUUUUGUGAGGAAAUAUAAGUUUCUAAGUUUGCUCUAAGCAUGUUACGAUCCUAUAGUUAUUAAUAGAGAAAUCUCUGUCGGCAAUGCAUGGAAGUGUAAAUAAAAAAAAGGCUGCCUUUAAUGCUAUUCUUUAUGUGUUUUCUUUAAGACUUCUUUUAAAUACGGGAAGAGUUCUGUUAAAGACUUCUCAACAAAGUAUGAAUGAUGAUAAAACUAUUAUAUUACCUCUGUACUAGCUCUCACCCCCGACUUUGUUUGCGCUCUUUGGAUGUAGUGUUAUAUACAAGACUUCUAAUGAAUUUAUUUUUCGUGUUUAUA